AGCACUCUUCAUCCAUCUCGAGCCAGCUACUAGCUAGCCAUGGCAUCUUCCAAGAGUAGUCUUGCAAUGUUUGCACUGGCCAUAGUCAUGGCCGUGGUGGCUGACGUCUCGGCGCAGAACACCCCGCAGGACUUCGUCAACCUGCACAACCGCGCCCGCGCCGUGGACGGCGUCGGCCCCGUGGCAUGGGACAACAACGUGGCCAGGUUUGCGCAGGACUGGGCGGCGCAGCGCGCCGGCGAUUGCCGGCUGCAGCACUCCGGCGGGCCGUUCGGCGAGAACAUCUUCUGGGGUUCCGGGCAGUCGUGGACGGCCGCCGACGCGGUGAAGCUGUGGGUGGACGAGAAGCAGAACUACCAUCUUGACAGCAACACCUGCGACGCCGGCAAGGUGUGCGGGCACUACACGCAGGUGGUGUGGCGCAAGUCGACCCGCAUCGGCUGCGCGCGCGUGGUCUGCACGGGGAACCGGGGCGUCUUCAUCACCUGCAACUACAAUCCCCCGGGCAACUUCAACGGCGAGCGCCCGUUCGCGUUCCUCACCCUUGACGCCGAAGCCUAGUACGUGCGAGUGAGUGUGAUCAUACAUGCAUACGUACGUGCGUGUGUUUAUGUUUGUGUGGUUUGAAUAUUUAUACGUCUACAAAUGUUACGUACGUACGUAAAUAAGCACACAUUCCGGCCUGCAUGUAUCCAUGCGGCUCUGUGGAGCGUGUAAAUGUAUGCAAACAUCUUUACUUU